CAAUCGGACAAACUGAAAGCAUUUCACUAUUCAGCCUCGGUCAGCCCUGAAAACCUGCGUUUGCUCAAAGCUUUGCCACCUAAACGCAACGGCUAUAUCGAAGUGGAGAUCUGGGAAACUCCGCAAACUCGUCCACCCCGAUGCGCUACAUAGAUUCUGCAACGGGCCCUUGGGGGCAGAAUGACCUGGGGCGAGUAAUAAGUCCUCAUCAGCCUGGAUUUUAAGUUAGAAAUCCUUCGCCGAACAGGAGAAUGGAAUCCCAAGCAUUUUUGGUAAACUUUUAACCUUGGUGGUGAAAUUACUCACUGUUUCAAUCCUCGAGAUCACAUCUAUAGCAUUUUGGCGAUUACUGGGCAAGACAAAUUUUUCACAGUGGAUUACAGAGAAGAUAUCGUUGCCAUUUUCUUCAGAUGCCCCCUGCGUUUUGCACGCGAGCUGGACCCUGCUCAGAUACUAAGGCUCUGGGAGUCGCUGGAACUUACCGCCAGUAUGAUAGAGGAGGCUGUCAAAGCAAGGGGUGUACCAUUCCAGAUUUCCAUUCCUAUGCGACGGACCAACAUCGUACCCGCUCUGAGACGACAGCUCCAGGGCAUUUACAAGUUCAAGUUGAAAAGGAAACGACCCGACUUUGUCGUCACGAUGCUUAUUAUUUUGCGUGUGCUCAGAUUCGUGGCUACGGUCAUCAUGGCAUCUUGCUUUGCCCCGGGACAAACAGUGAUUUCUGUCGGGAGAACCGGGACGCUGAUGCGGGUGACCUAGAAAGGAUACACGUGCUGGUUCAUCUACCAAAACUACCAUCCGACGACAGCGUCGGUUUUUCAAUCAUCAAUACCACCUAUGGCCACCUCCUACAACCAGAAGGUACAGGACUCUGGUCAAAGAUUGAUGGGGUUGAAUACAAAUUUCAGACGUGGUCAGAAGUCGUCCGAGUUGCCAAUUCAGGUGGAUUGUCGAACAGAGAUGACCAUGACUCGAAGUCGAGGCCGCACUUUCCGCUCAAGUUUUCGCAUGGAUGUGUAGACCAUGUGAAGAAGUUCUGGAAAACCGAGUUGUUGUCGAGCGAGCGGCUGCAGUUCCAGGAACUCCUAGAAGCUGCUGCCGUUGCUAUGACCUAUCGACCGCUGCGGCGGGAGCAGCCAUGACUAGCGAGAUGAGCAUGUGGAAUAAACGAUGUAGAAUUCAGAGCUUAACUGUGUAGAAUCACUGGCAUUAACGAUUAUUCCAAUGCCUUCGAACAUGAUACACUGGCGCAACCAAGGUACUGUGUAUCUUUGAAUCGGGUUAUCGUUGGAGUGUGGUGACAUCGAUUUUGUCCUUGCGUUGGACGUACCAUCCAGUCACCAAAAAUAAAUCCAGCACCAAAACACAAUUUGGGGCGCUCAAUUACACGACGUAACCUUUUAACACCUCAGAGUAUAUUACCUCUAUCC